AUGUCUCGACAUGACACGCCAGAAAGCCUUGUGGCAGUAGCUGCACGCACCCCAACACUUUCCACCACCAUUAUCAAUAUCAUCUUCCAAAGCGCAAUUGAACGCAGCGGCUGCGGAGUCAUGACUGUGAGAGAGCUGCAUAUUCGACUACAACAUAAUUCUGCCCAACGACACAGCUCCAAGCCCUCUUUGAAGGACUUUUGGAUCGUCUCAAGUACCCAGCUGGGCUGGAGAUGCACCAACCCGGAUGACAAGCAUGUCUGUUGCAGCGAUGAAUGCCUAGAGGUCCACGUCCAAGCCAAGAUCACGAUUGAUCCGGCUAUUCAGCUCCGUAUCAACUUUGAACUUGUGUCUCCUUCAGGGUCCACAUAUGUUAUCAGUCCCAAAGAAGCCAUGGCUUGCAAGAUAAUUGAUCCAUACUGGCAGGUUAAGCUCAUGGGAUCGUUUGAUAUCAUUACCCAGAUUCAACAGUACAACUGGGCCAUUGCAAACUACCUGGCGUCAGAGGUGCUAUUGCAAGCUGAGGAGCAUGGCAAAUUUACCUGUUGUGUGUCUUACGACCAAUGCUUUGAAGAUCCGGUUGAAUGGGAUACUCUGAUCCGGGGCCUUGUUCUAAGGGGAUAUGGGGAAAACAUCCAAGAUGCUGAUGAGACGACCUAG